AUUUUGUACUACUGCAUAAAAUGCUCGUUUCAUGUUAUUUUCCUGUCAAGUGAAUAGGUAUUUUUGAAAAUCAAAAUGUUGAAAAAAAGUUGAAGCGUAUUAUACAAUAUUACAGAUGCUUGACUUGUACGAAAAAAUCAACGCAACAACGGCUCAGUACAAGGACAAAAACGACGAAGAGAAAACGAUCUCAUGGGAUGAGGCAUGUUUGAAAAUUCCUACACCGAAUGGACCUCGUUGUACGGAGCGGAGCAUCCUAGAAAUUUACCGAUACGAUCGAACGAUAAUCGAAAAAUUGAAAGACGAAGAUAUUUUCCAAACCGUGAAUUCUACUUUUACGAGUCCAAUUUACGGAUCGAAUUUCGACUACUUGACAACCCUGGGAAAACCCGUGAAAAAUGAGCAAGACUCACAAAUCGGGGCUGAAGCUCUUCGGAUGAGGUGGAUGAUUCAAAUCGACGUUGGUCAACUCACCGGAGACGAGAAAACCGAACGAGUCGAUAAAGCGACGUUGGCCUGGGAAAGUGCUUUCGUCGAUACUGUGGACGCAUUCACGAAAGAAUCUGAAAAAGAAUCGGAAGUAUUUCAAAACGCUGCUAGAAGUUUCAUGGAUGCAACUGCAGAUGCCAUUCUCGGAGAUUUGCAGCUUUUGUUCGGUGGAUACGUGCUAGUCUUCAUCUACGUAAUUCUGGUCCUGGGAAGACGGAAUCUCGUAGAAAUUCGGGCUGGUCUUGCUCUGGCUGGAUUGGCGAGCAUCGGGCUCGGGAUUCUGCUGUCGUACGGACUCAGUUCUGGACUCGGAAUUUUUUUCGGGCCCUUGCACCAGAUUCUACCAUUUUUGUUGCUCGGAAUCGGCAUCGACAACAUGUUCGUCAUUGUGCAGUGCUACGAAAACCUCGACGAUGACGAGAAACUGGAGCCACUCGACGUUCGAAUCGGCAAAACAAUGAAACACGCCGGGGCCGCGAUCACUGUCACUUCCGGCACGGAUUUCGCCGCGUUUGCCAUCGGAGCGUCGACGGUUGACGUGAUUGGAACGAUGCAUUUCUGGGGACUGACCCUGGAUACCGUAUCCUGCGUGAUUCUGGUGAUUGCCAUCGGGCUUUGCGUGGAUUAUUCGGCCCACAUGGGCCACACUUUCAUGACUCUGGCUGGCGAUAGAAAAACAAGAGUCAGGGUGACGAUCGAGGAAAUCGGACCCGCCGUUUUCCACGGAGGCUUCUCCACUUUCAUAGCCUUUGUGUUGCUCAGUGGAUCUGAAUCAUACGUUUUCACCACUUUCUUCAAG